CAACUGCGCACUCGUCGCGGUAAUUUUCUGGCGGCUGACUCUGAGCGGCAGACGAUGGCUGCAGGUCUGGCGACCGCGACACUAGCGCUGUCGCUUCUGGCGGCCACCGUGGCGGCCACCCCGCUGGACAUCAACGAGGACAUCCGUCUCGACACCGGUGAACUGCUGGUGAAGUACGGGUACCCGGCAGAGCGUCACUACGCCACUACGGGAGACGGCUACGUGCUGGGCAUGUUCCGGGUCCCGUCCAGUCCCAAGGCUCGCGCCAGAGGCACCGCCAAUGGACACCCCGUCCUCGUCAUGCACGGACUCAUGUCCAGCUCUGCCGACUGGGUCAUCAUGGGGCCCGACAAGGGCCUAGCUUACAUCCUGGCCGACGCGGGUUUCGACGUCUGGUUGGGCAACGCUCGAGGGACGACGUACUCCAGAAACCACACGUCCAUCAACCCGGACGAUAACCAGUUCUGGCAGUUCAGCUGGCACGAGAUUGGCUACUACGACCUGCCCGCCAUGAUCGACUACAUUCUGGAGCAGACCGGCCACUCGGACCUGUUCUACAUCGGCCACUCGCAGGGCACCACCGUCUUCUACGUGAUGGCCUCCACGCGCACCGACUACAACGACAAGAUCCGCCUGAUGUCCAGCCUGGCCCCCAUCGGCUACGUCAGCCACAUGACCAGCCCCGUCUUCCAGGUGCUCUCACUGUUCAUCAACGAGCUGUCGAUGCUGACGCAGCUGAUCGGCUUGGGAGAGUUCCUGCCCAGCAACGAGUUCAUCACGAUGGCGGGCGAGAUCAUGUGCAGCGACGGCGCCUUCACGCAGGACAUCUGCGCCAACAUCAUGUUCCUCAUCGGCGGCUUCAACGAGGCCGAGAUGAACAAGACGAUGAUUCCCGUCAUCAUGGGCCAUGACCCGGCAGGGUGCUCUACGAAGCAGCUGAUCCACUAUGGACAGGAAAUCCAGAGCGGCCACUUCCGGCAGUACGACUUUGGCAUGCUGGGUAACCUGCAGAAGUACGGCAGCUUCUGGCCACCAGACUACGACAUCUCCAAGAUCACCGCCAAGGUGGCGCUCCACUACAGCAACAACGACUGGUGCGCCGCACUGCAGGACGUCGACAGGCUGUACAAAGAACUACCGAACUGUAUUGGUCGCUUCCUCGUGAGUCAGGACUCCUUCAACCACGUCGACUACAUGUGGGCGAUCCACGUCAAAGAGCUUGUCUACGAUAAAGUUAUCAGCCUUAUGAACAGAUAUCUCCCGUAACAUGUAGCUUACUGAGCUGCAACAUUUCACACGAUUACAGUACUGUAUGUGAGUAGUUUUACAUCAUCAAGCUUACUUUUAAUUGCAAAAAUUGUAUUACCAAAAUGAAAUUGGAACCUCUUUUUGUAUGGAGCAUUUGUUUUGUGAGAAAUUGUGAAUAAUUUCCAAAAUAAAAUUAAUUG